AUGGCUCCGUCCAGAGCACCUGCUCUUGAGCCUGCUGCCGGCUUCUCCCUUGACUCACGACCCGAGCGGCCUGAUCAAGUCCCUCUUGCAAAGGGCGAAUUCUCCGUAGCGUCCAGAGCUUUGGCUCUGUCGACCUAUUUCUUGUCGGGCGCUUUGGCUAUCAACAUUUCUCAAUUUCUGGGAGCUCCAUUGCGAGCCAUCAACGAGGAUUGGUAUAACGCAUGGAUCGCUUUCACCAAGCAGUCCUUCGGGCUGCUCACAAUGACCCUCACCCAGACAUUUGCGCCGACAAAAGUUAUCAUUUCUGGAGACAAAUCGGUGCGAGGACAACUCCUGAAGUCCACCGAAGGAGACCUGAUUUUGGAUUUCCCUGAGCGGCUUGUUCUCAUUGCGAACCAUCAAAUCUACACCGAUUGGCUUUACCUGUGGUGGAUAGCCUAUUGUAAUGGUAUGCAUGGUCGACUUUACAUUAUCCUGAAGGAAUCGCUUCGUAAGAUUCCUGUUAUAGGAUGGGGGAUGCAGUUGUAUCAGUUCAUUUUCCUGAAGCGCAAUUGGGAACAGGACAAGCCUCACAUGGCCAGCGCAUUGCAAAGGCUCAACAAACCCACAGAUCCAAUGUGGCUUCUGCUCUUUCCAGAAGGGACCAACCUUGCUCCCAGCACCCGCAAACGAAGUGCUGAAUGGGCCAAAAAGAACAACAUUCCGGACACAAGGCAUGUCCUACUGCCCCGGAGCACAGGCUUACAGUUUUGUCUCGAGGAGCUCAAGGACACUGUGGACUAUCUCUACGACUGUACGAUAGUCUAUGAAGGUGUACCCCGUGGACAGUACGCACAAGACAUUUUCACUCUGAAAGCAGGUUAUUUAGAAGGCCGGCCUCCAAAAUCCGUCAGCAUGCAUUGGCGCCGAUUUGCGGUCAAGGAGAUCCCACUUCACAACGACAGAGCCUUUGAACUCUGGCUCAGGGCCCGUUGGCGCGAAAAGGAUGUCAUGAUUGAAGAGUACUACCAGACUGGCAAACUCCCAGCCGAUUAUGGCGCCACCAAAUACAAAUCUGGCAAGGUCCUUCGGGGAUGCGGACACAUGGAGGUCCCCAUUCGUGCAAGUCAUUGGUAUGAGUUUCUUCAGAUCUUUGCACCGAUGGGAAUUCUGGCGAUGAUAUUGUACAUCUUUUACGGCGACCUGCCGAAGAGGUUCUGGAAGAGCAUCAACAAGCAAGCCCUGCAAGCGGGGACAGAAGACAUCAAGAAAGCCGGUAUAGAGGCUGGCAAGGGCGUUCAAUCUGCCUCUUCCGCCUUGAGCGGCUUGACGUUGGACUCAUUCUUCGAACCAGGGAAGCAGGAGGAGACGUUCGCAGCCGGUGCGAUGGCUGUGCAGAAGCUCCUCACCUCACCCCAGGCGCAAACUGUGCUGAACCGAGCCGACUUCAUCCAGGCAUUUUUGUCGGAUCCCCAAAAAAUGGUGCAGGACAGCAUUGCCGAUAGACAACAGAAUUUCUUACAACAAUUGGCCCAAGAAGAGGCCAAGAGACAACAAGGGAGAAUAGCCCCUACUGGCGGUGCAGCUCAAUUGAGACCCGCCGCCAACGCGACGGCAAAAGGCGAUUUUUGGAACCAGGUUCAAGCAGAAGAGAAGAGCAGGCGUGGCUCUGUCAUCUCAAAGACUGCCAAAAAUGGCACAUUCUGGGAUGCAGUGAAGGCCGAGGAGCAGAGCAGACGGGGCUCCGUCACAUCCGUCCCGACAUCAACCAGUUCCAAACAAUCAAAGGGCACAUUCUGGCAGGAUCUCAAAGCCGCAGAGGAAAAGAAGGCAAAGAAUGCCACGACGACGAAGCCGCCUUUAACGACGAGUGGAGGCAGGAAUCUUGCUGCUCUUCCAAAGGGAAAUUUCUGGGAUGCAGUCAAGGCUGAGGAAAAUAGUCGGUAUGGGACGGUGAUGACCUUGUCGAGUAAUGCAACCACGGCUGUUGCAUCCACGAAUUCGGCGCCAGGGAAGAAAGCUCCCGCGAAGCUCGAGCCGAGUGUAGCAAAGAAGCCGUCGCCUGCCACACAGAAGGCGUCAAAGCCGACGACGAAUGGGCAAAAGACAACCGCAACCACACGCCCUGCUAAAGUCGCGAGUACUGGUGGUGCAGCGACCCCAGCGGUAGCGAAGAAACCAGGGUCGACGACCACGACGAAAAAUGCGAACAAGAAGAUCGCCCCCUCAGCUCCUUCGAAACCGCCUGCAUCGCUGGGAGUGGCCUCGACGAACAAAACAAACACGCCCAAUAACCUGUCGAAACCGACACCUCUCAAGCCUCCGCCCUCCAAGACUCCCAAACAGACAGCGGCCCCUGCGCAAAAGCCCAAGACCGCCAACACCAAAGCCACUGCAACCCCAGCGCCUUUGAAGAACAAGCCCACCAACGCCUCGGUAGCAGGAGGUCCGAAAAAGCCCGCCGUCGUCGUCGCGCAGAACAAAGCAGGACCAAACAAUGUCACAAAACCCUCCCCCGUCGUGAAGAAAACGGCGGGGGCAACGACCAGCAGCGUCAGCAGUCCUGGGCUGGGCGCGAAGAACAACCGCACUGGGCCACCGAAGCUGAAGAGUUAA